AUGAUAAUCAACGAUCAGCUUCCUAUAGUUAACUAUCAGAGGGCUGAUCCUAAAUCUCUGUUAAAGUUAACGGAAAAGUUGGCUAACGAUUCAUAUUUAGACGCUUAUUUGUCAUCUCAUCAAUUAAUUAUUUUAGAAAGAUUACUAUCGAUUAAAGAUGAAGAUAAAAAAUUAAUGAUUUGGAAUGAAUUGAUGAAUGGUAAUAUUCUUUUAAAUGUCGUAAAUGUAGAGUCUGGACAGAAAGAUGCCAUAAUAGAAACUAAUCCUGAAAAUAAUACUUCUUCUAAUAGUACAACUAAAUCAGCUUAUUCAAAUAAUGGUGAUAAUGAAAAUGACACCAACAGUUUGACAGAUAAAGUAAACGGAGUUGCCACAGAUAAUAAUAAUAUUGCAUCACAUGAAGGGGAAAAAAAUAUCAGCCUGAAUUCAGUGAAAGAUCCGAAUUCGGAUGAUCUGUCGACUUUAGAUUUAGAAGAGUUCAUUCAGCAUAUAAAUUCAAACUCUUUCAUCGGAAAUCUUUCUUUAAAAUUAAGAUAUGUUCUAUGGCAAUGUGCUGUAGACUUGUUAUAUAAUAAAGUCGAAGAUUUAGAAAAUGAACAAGAGAUUGAUGAUAACUCAAAUCAAGUCGAUGUUUUAGAUUAUGUAUUAUUAGAUGAAUACAAGGAUUCACAAGAUGUAGAUACAGCAUUUGAUACCGAAGGUGCGAACAAUAACUUGUUUGAGGAUUCAAAAAAUUCGGAGUCAAAAGCUGACGAAGAUGAUUACGAUGUUGAAGAUCAAGAUGACGAUAACUACGAUUCCGAUAGCAAUGACGAUAAAGAAACAAACAAGAGCAAAGAUAAUUCUGAAACGAUUAGUGAUAUUAGCUUAGAUACUAAUGAACAUGGAAGCUUGGUGCUUACUUUGCAUAUAUCAAAAGAAAUAAUUGCCAAUAUGAAAAAUAAUAAUAUAGAGAAGAUGAUAGGAAAUUGGGAUAGAAUUUAUCAUAGUUACGAAUAUGAUAAAGAUACAAUGCUAAAAAGGUUACGGUUAGAAGAAAGUGAUAAAUUAAUGGAAACGUCAAAAGGAAAAAAAAGAAAAUUCAAUGAAACAGAAGAAACUGAAAUAAAAGAAGAGAAUAUCAAUAGUAAUAAUGAGAAAUUAGGUUCAUCUGAAGGAGAUAAUUCGGUAGUAAUUCAUACUGAUGGUAAAAGACCUAAACAUGAUCCGGUAAAUUUACCAGUAGCUUUAGGAGCAGCAAACCUCUCUUUAAAGUAUUUAAUGAGCUCUAUCCAAGAAAACAAAGUCAAAUUAAAUAUGUCAGAUUACGAAUUAAAACAUUUGAUAAUGGAUGUACGAAAAAAUAGAUCCAAAUGGAGUUCUGACGAAAGAAUCGGACAAGAAGAAUUGUACGAAGCUUGUGAAAAAGUAGUAUUGGAAUUGCGUAAUUACACAGAGCAUUCGACGCCUUUCUUAAAUAAAGUGAGUAAAAGAGAAGCUCCAAAUUACCAUCAAAUAAUCAAAAAGUCGAUGGAUUUGAAUACAGUUUUAAAAAAAUUGAAAGGUUUCCAAUAUAAUGCAAAGCAAGAGUUUGUAGAUGAUAUAAUGCUAAUUUGGAAAAAUUGUUUAACUUUUAAUUCCGAUCCAUCUCAUUACCUAAGAAGCCAUGCAUAUGCCAUGCAAAAAAAGUCACUUCAAUUAAUACCACUGAUACCUGAUAUUGUGAUAAGAAACCGUGCAGAUGUUGAGAAAGAACUAGAAAAUAUGGAAAAAGAUAAAGAAGAUGAUGAUGAAGAAGAGGAAGAAGAAGUAGCUGGCUCAGGUAGAAAGGGUUUAAAUAUGGGUGCCCAUAAACCAGCUAUAAUUCAAGAUCCAAGUCAGGUAGAAGAAUUGCAGGAUACAUCUAUAAAAACUAAAGGUAAUACAGAAAAACCAGAUAAUGAGAACAAUUUGGAUAAAGAUCUCAGAAAUGAAAAAGAUAUAGAAGAUGAUGAAAAACAGCCUACAGAAGGACAACCAGUUGCAUCAAAUAAUUAUUCAUUAGAUGAAUCAAAGGAUGCUGCCGAAAUAACAUCUGAGAAAACAACAACUGGGGCAGAAUCACAAUCAAAACCAGAAUUGAAGGAAACAGAUGAUGAUUCAUCAUCUAAGAAAGAGCAGAAAGAGGAAGAAAAGCAGGAAAAGCAGGAAGAGCAGGAAGAGCAGGAAGAGCAGGAAGAACAGGAAGAACAGGAAGAACAGGAGGAACAGGGAGAGAAGGAAGAAAUACAUGAAGACUCCAAAGAUAAAUUAGACGAGAAAUCUAUUACUGUUGAUAAUGACAAUAAUACUGAAACUGGUAGAGAAGAAACUUCAAAAGAUGAAGGUAAAGAGAAUGAGAUAGAAAAAAAAUUAUCGGAGCAAGACGGCCAAGAAGCAGGUGAUGAAGAUGAAGAAGAAUAUGAUGAUGAGGAUGAAUCUGAUGAAGAUGCUGGCAGUGCGGAGUCUUAUUUCGCAGAAGGUGAUGAUGAUAAAGAUGACAUAGAAAUCUCUAUAUGGAAGUCUUUAACCGCCAAAGUUAGAGCAGAGGUUUGUAUAAAUAGAUCAGAGUACUUCAAAGAUGGGCAUUUGAAUAAUGAAUCAAUUGCUUUCUUGAAAAACCCUCAUAAGAUGAAGUCAUUCCAUGAAAAAUUUAUAGAGUUUAUCGAACAAAAGAACCAAGAAACAAAUAGAAAAAAUGACGAACAACAAUCUAUGAUGAAAAAUGGAUUUGGCGCAUCCGUUAAACAGGAAGAGGAAGAACUUCAAUUAGGAUUAGAUCAAAAAGGGAAUGGAAAUGAUAUAAUUGAAAAAGAAUUCGAUGAUUUGGAGAUUGACAACGUUUCAUUUUUACAAGAGUAUGAUAUCGUGAAUGCAGUACCUAUGGUCUCCUUUUCUGGUGUAAGUACAAAAUUACUUGAUAAAAUUGAAAAUGCUGCUGUUAAUGAAAUGUUGGCAAAAGGUGUUACCGAAAAUAAAUCCUUUACUCCUGCUUAUAAAAUGGGAUUAACACCUAAACUUGAUAAAAAUAUAACUUUGAUUCAACAAAUCAGACAAACCUGUCAUAAAAUUUCAUUAAUUAGGAUUCUUCAAAGCUCUGCAUAUAAUCAAAGUUCCAGAUCUACAUUUAACAGCAAUAGAAUGAUAUCCUCAAGUAUCUCCAAAAAUAACGUUUUGCUGGAUGAUGUAUCUUUAGACCCUGUAUCUAUGUUAGAAACACACGGCUAUAAGUUUGAUAAACCAUUGAUUGAUACAGUAUUGCGUAGAAAUGUCUCCAAAUUGGCGAUGUCUAGUGGUUUUGAAUCCACCCAACCUUCUGCAAUUAAUAUGUUAUCAGAGAUCACAGGAGAAUAUUUAUCCAAUCUGAUUCGUACCUUAAAGUUACACAAGGAAAGCAAUUCACUAAAUUUGAAAACAGAACAAGAUAUUUUAUCACUUACACUUUUAGACAAUGGAAUUGAUAGACCAGAUGAACUUUAUACAUAUCUAGAAUCUGAGUUUGGUAAAAAAACUAAAAAGUUGCAAGAUCUAAAGAACAAACUCGAAAAUUUCUUAAAAGAUUUGUUGAGACCUACUUUGCAGGAACUAUCCGAACGUAACUUUGAUGAUCAAAGUCAAAGUUUUAUGACUGGUGAUUUCGCUUCUGAUCUUACUGGUGAAGAUUACUUCGGUUUUAAGGAGCUUGGUCUGGAGAAGGAAUUUGGAGUAUUAAGUUCUUCGGUCCCAAUACAAUUAUUAACGUUCCAAUUCCAAUCUGCUGAUGCAGAAGCCAAGGUUCAAGUUAAUAAAAUACAACCCGAAGAACAUGAGAAUAUUAAAUAUACGAUCCUCACAAAAGAUCAAGUAGAAAACAGUACUUAUUGGAAGACACUAAUGCCGCUGUUGCAGAAGUCGUUAGAUAAAACUAAUAUUUACAACACAAAGUUAAUGAAAUCUGCUGCGACUGGUGAUGAAAAUUCUGAGCAAAUCCCUAUCAUAGAUCCCGAUCUUAUUCUUGAAGACGAUAAGAUUCUUAUUAAGGGAAAACCUGUUUCUAAACCGAGAAUACCGCCAACAGGUAAGAUCAAUAUUACAAUCAAGAAGAAAUUGCUAUCCGAAGCAUUCAUAUUGCCAGAAAUGGAAGAAGAACAAGAUGUUUUAAUGGAAGAUUUUUCUACAGCAAGCAUCGAAGAUUCGUUGGCUUCCGAAAAGGUAAUUAACAAAGAUACUAUUGAAAAUGGUAUCACUGAUAAUUCAUCUGGUAGAAAACCUAAUAAUGUGAAUGGAGGCACUAGCGGAGAAAAUGAUGCAGAAGACAAUGAUAAUGAGGUUGACGAUGAGGAAGACGAAGAAGAAGAAGAAGACGAAGAAGAAGAUGGCAAUGAUGUUGAAGAGGAAGACGACGACGAUGACGUUGAAUUGGGUGAAGAUGAAGCAGAAGAUGAUGACGAUGACGACGAUGACGACGAAGUUGAUGAGGAAGAUGAAGAGGAUGACAAUGAAGAGAAUGAUACUAAUAAUCAGAAUGAAAUAAACGAGACCAUUCCCUCAAAAAUUUCAGGAAAUCAUGAGUCAAAUAAAGAUAACAAUGUCUCCGAAUCACCUGGAAGGGAGAAUAGUAACUUAAAUCUAGACAACUUAUUCGAACAAGAAACUUCUCCUUCAUCAUCUUCAAUGAACUUAGGCCUAAGAAGAUUGGAUGACUGA